AACGAGUGCAGAUUAAUUCGUAGAACACUUUACUUUGUAAGCUUUUCGAGAAGAAAAAAAUGCAAAUCGGCGAAAUUUUGUAGGUACUGAAAACCUACAAACAGGAAAAGUAACGCGAAAACUGGAGAUACAAUUAAUUACGCGUCAAAAAUGCUAAAAACGCGAACUUUUAUUUCAAACAUUUAAAGUACAGCCGAAUAAAAAACAACAACAAGUACCGUUGUUAAGGAAAAAAGUUGUGAUAAGCAAAUAUACGGAAAAGCUAAGAAAAUUUGAAAUUAUGGAAAUUAGUGUGGCGCAACAAAAACAUGAAAGCAUUGAGUAACGCCGCUUAAAAUGACGGAGCAGACAAACUUUGCGAAAUAAAACGGACAAAUUCACUAAACGCACACAACAACAAUUAGUGGUUAGUGAGAGAAAUAAAAAUUAACAGAACGUGUUGUUGCGGGCGAAAGUGUAGAAAAAACAAUAACAACAACAACACGCAUAUAAUAAUAAGUUGAUAAAAUAAGCGGCAGCAAAUUAAACAUAAACCGCUUAUGAAAAUAACGCCGCCACAGUUGUGGCCAGGAGACUAGCUAGAAGAAGCAGCAGGAGCACAAGCAAGAUUGCCGCGCAAGCAACUUGCAGCGGCAAAAACUGAAAACACAAAAAUAAAUUUAGAAAAAAGCUUAAACACCACAAAAAGUGGCGCAAAGUGAAAAAAUGCGUGCGAAACUUUGCCCCAAUGGAGAUGCGCUUACGCAGCGGUAAAAUAAAAAUUUGUACAAGAAAAUCAAUUUAAUAAACAACAACAACAAUAAGCGAAGCAUACCAAAAAAAGGACGAAAAUAUGCUACCAACAACAAAAUAAGCAAAUAAUAGAGAAUCCACAACAAUAAAAACAAAAAGCAAGAACAACAACAACAAAAGCGGCCAAAGUGUGGCUACAAAGUUGGCUAAGCUACUUGGCUGACGUGACAGCUAAUGGCAAUGGCCGCGCAACGCGCAAAUAAAUGGCUAAAAUUCUGUACGCGAACUGAGCAGUCACUUAAGCGCUGCCGCGCCUCAGCAGUCGACGAGACGAAAAAACGCGAGUCUAUCGAUUUUUGUGUGAGUCAAAGCAACUGAAGAACUAAUUGAAUCACUAGCAUUUUUGGCUUAGACAUUCGCAUGCAACAUGCCGCAGUAAUCACAUAACAACAAUUCGUAGCGCUUUAGAUUAAAAUAAGCUACUUGUGUUAAGCGUUUUGCAUACCACCCGCCCACCUUAAUGUACCAAUACACAAUCUAAUUAAAUUAAUUCGACAUUUGUGCAAAGUUCACGCUGAAAAUCGACGAACGAAUUGCCAUAGCAUACUUACUAGUUGCCAGCGUUAUGCCGCUAGCGUGCCGUUAUUUUAAAUGUUACUGCAACCGUUCAAGCGAAAACUACGUGCAGGGCUGGGACAACAACAGCAACAGAAGCAGCUGUGGUAGCCGUAACAAAAAUAUACGCAACAUUGACAUUGGCCUCGGACAGCGGGGACAGCAACUACAAAAAUAACAACAACAACAACAACAAAAUCAGCAAAAAUAAAAACAACAACAGUAAACAAAAAUAACAACAAUAAUAAUAAUAAUCAUAAAAUCAGCAAAAAACAAUAACAACAACAACUAAGCAAUCAACCUUUUGCAUUCGUUCAUGCCACAUUCAAUAUACAAAAACAAUUGGGUGGCAACCUUUUGCUGGACAACUAACUACAAAGUGUGCGCGCAUAAAAACGCCAAAUAGAGAAGGUGGCGCAAAAACAAAAACCAAAAAAAAAACUAAAGUUCAGCGAACAGUGAAUGCGGAAAGUCAAACGAAAACGGAAAAUAUCAUAAAAUGGCUGCAAUAAAAAUUCGACAAUUGAAUUCAUUUAAAUUGCAACAGCAGCAGCAGGAGGAGUUGCCGAAAGCCAACUGCCGCGGCGCAUUCGCUUUGCUGUUUAGCCGUUGUUCGUAUUGCGCAACAAAUUAUUUGAAAAGUUAUUGCCGCAUUAAGCGUCAUGGUGUUAAUAAAAAUAAAACUUUAUGUUGGCUGACAUUGACUUUGAUUUUAUUGAGCUGCAGCAGUUGGCAUGGACGGCGCGGCGGACGUGGUGGCGGCGGUGCGUUCUGUUAUGCGCUCGAUAUCGGCACUUGCAAGCAGCCGCUCGGCAUGGAAUCCGGUGCCAUUGCUGAUACGCAAAUUACCGCUAGCUCGGCGCACGACAUGGGCAAUGUGGGCCCACAACAUGCCAGACUGAAGGUGGAUAAUAAUGGCGGCGCUUGGUGUCCGAAGCAUAUGGUUUCGCGUGGUCUCAAGGAGUAUCUGCAAAUCGACUUGCUGCAAGUGCAUGUCAUCACGGCGAUACGUACGCAGGGUCGCUUCGGCAAAGGGCAAGGUCAGGAGUAUACCGAAGCGUAUGUGCUCGAGUAUUGGCGGCCCGGUUUAGAAAAGUGGUUGCGCUGGAAAACAAUACAAGGCAAAGAGAUACUAACAGGCAACAUUAACACUUAUAGUGAAGUGGAAAACAUUUUACAGCCGAUCAUUUUCGCCUCGAAGGUGCGGAUCUAUCCAUAUAGCCAAUAUGAUCGUACUGUCUGCUUGCGCGCUGAAGUGGUCGGUUGUCUAUGGGAAGACGGCAUCGUUUCAUAUAGCAUACCCAAAGGCGUACAACGUGGUAUGGAAAUCGAUCUAUCAGAUAAGACUUAUGACGGGCAUGAAGAAGGCGAUCGAUAUGUAAAUGGGUUGGGGCAAUUAGUCGAUGGCCAAAAGGGCAAGGAUAACUUUCGCACUGAUAUUCAUGGCUUUGGAAAAGGCUAUGAAUGGAUUGGCUGGCGUAAUGACACACCAAAUUUAUUGGGUCAUCCAGUCGAGAUUACGUUUGAGUUCGAAAGCGUACGCAAUUUUAGUGCAGUUAUAUUGCAUACAAAUAAUAUGUUCUCCAAAGAUGUGCAGGUUUUUGUCCACGCAAAAGUCUUCUUCAGCAUUGGCGGUCGCCAAUAUGCCGGUGAACCUGUACAAUUCUCUUACAUGCCUGAUACCAUUCUGGAUCAUGCACGUGAUGUGACAAUCAAACUUCAUCAUCGCCUUGGCAAAUAUUUACAAUUGCAUUUGUACUUCGCGGCACGUUGGAUAAUGCUAAGUGAAAUCACAUUUAUCUCCACACCUAUUGUUGGCAAUUUCACAGACGAAGAUUUCGCUGGUGGCACGUUAGCUGCGGGUGCAACCCCGCAAGAUAAUGCCGAGUAUCCGUUUCAGCGUGAUGAAGUGGAGCGCGUCAUUAACGGAAAAUUUGGUGAGCGCAGUCAACCGCAAACACCAUUGGUGAUUUCACCCAAACCCAUAGACCAUCCCGAACCGGAGAACAGUUUGAUUGGCUUCAUUUUCGCCGUAUUGGUGGCCAUCAUAUUGGUGCUCGUUGUGGUCAUACUCUUGAUCGUCAUACGUAAUAAACGCGGUCGUGGCGGCAAUGUGCUCGAUGCAUUCCAACACAACUUCAACCCGGAUACGCUUGGCGGCGCCGACAAGCGGCUCAAUUGCAAUGGCAUGAAGGCCGUCACUAUGGACAAUGACACGGAGUCGAUUGACAAGAGCAGCCUCUACCAUGAACCGUUCAAUGUGAAUAUGUACACGAGUGCAGCGAGCGGUUGCUCCAUGAAUGACAUGCAACGGCAACAUGUCACACCGGACUACACAGACGUCCCCGACAUUGUCUGCCAGGAGUACGCCGUACCACAUAUGCAGGACCUACUGCCCACGAGUACACAGAAAUCCAAUUCCUUGUACGGCGCCAGCAUGGGCGCUGGUGGUGGCAGUAGCAGCAACUAUAGCACCAGCGCACGCAACACACUCAACAGCAUGUUUCAGUCGAAACUGUCGACCGCUAGUCAAAAAUUACAACAACUACAACAUCAACAUUCAUAUCAGUCACAACUGACGCCACCACCACCACCGCCGCCGGCACCCACCACGGCCACAGCCAGCACACACUGCCCGCCACCAAUACCGCCCCUACCGCCAUUAUUGGGCAACGCCAGCAGUAAUGAGAAAUACUAUGCAACCACAGCGAUUUGCAAAGCAAAUGCCGCCACAAAUGCCUCGCAUGGCAUUGGCGGUGGUGCGGUCGGUGGUGUGGGCACAAAUGCUGGUGCUUGCAAUACAUUACCCAAUGGCAGCAUUGGUGGCGGUAGCGGCAGUCUCGCCUCUACAACGGCCAGUCUGGCAUCGAGCUCGACAACGCCAACGGGCGGCGGUUAUGGUUAUGCGAGCUCUGCCGCUACUUUGGCUGCUGUUAAACCGCAUCAUUACAAUCUGGACAUGAGUGGAAAUGGCCUGGGUGGCCACACCAUCGUCGAUGUUAACGAAGAGUUGGCUAAUUUUCAAGUGCAAGAGUUUCCGCGACAAUCCUUGGUGAUAGUGGAGAAAUUGGGCUGUGGCGUUUUCGGCGAGCUACACUUGUGCGAAACGAAGGGGAUGAGCGCCAAUUUGGUAGCAGUCGCCACACUCCGACCCGGCGCGCCUGAUCAUAUGCGUAAAGAGUUUCGCAACAAGGCGAAACAGCUCGCCCGCCUCAACGAUCCGAAUGUGGCGCAUUUACUUGGCGCCUGUCUGCGAGACGAGCCCAUUUGCAUGGUGUUCGAUUACUCGGAAUGUCUGGGUGACUUAAAUCAAUUUCUGCAGGAGCAUGUAGCCGAAACGACGCAUAGUCUGCAAGCGGGUAUUAUGACGAACAAGAGCUUAAGUUAUGGCAGCUUGGUGUACAUAGCUACGCAAAUUGCAUCGGGCAUGAAGCAUUUGGAGCAAAUGAAUUUCGUGCAUCGCGAUCUGGCAACAAGAAGUUGCAUUAUUGGCCCGGAAUUGACGAUAAAAGUCUGCUCCAUUGGCACUGUGAUAAAUCGCAUCGCUUACGCGGCCGACUACUGUCAGCUGGAGGGUACUUCCGGACGUCAAACGCAACCGAUGCCCAUACGUUGGAUGGCCUGGGAGAGUGUACUGCUGGGCAAAUUCACAUCGAAAUCGGAUGUUUGGUCCUUUGCGGUAACGCUUUGGGAGAUAUUAACUUUUGCACGCGAACAACCCUACGAACAUUUAUCGGAUGAGAAGGUGAUCGAGAAUAUCGGACAUAUCUAUGCGGAUGAUAAGCUGCAUGAACUACUGCCGAUGCCACUAAAUUGUCCGCGUGAAAUUUACGAUUUAAUGUGCGAGUGCUGGCAGCGCAACGAAUCGAGUCGACCGAAUUUCCGUGAGAUUCAUCUAUUUCUACAGCGUAAAAAUUUGGGCUUCAAGCCCAACAACACAAUGCAUUACUAAAGUGUUGAUGUGUUACAAAAAAAAAAACAAAAACCAACGAUUUAUAAAACUGCUAGUGAACUUUCUAAAGUAAAAACGAAGAAUACAUGUAAAAAAUUGUCUGCAUAAAAUCACAAUGAUUGGCGUCGCCUGCAGGGCCGUGAAUACUUAGUAUUUAAAUUAAAGAUUAUAAAUUUAAUUUAUAAGUAAAGCAAAACUCGGCGAAUUUAACACUUAAAGGCAUAGUAGUAUGUAGCAAGAGCUACAGUGUGUGUGAAGAAACACAAAACUUUGGUUUAAUCAGUAGAUAAGUAACUAAAUAAGUAGGCGCAUAAGGUAUGCUGUCAUUACA